AUGCCUGCAGGAGUUAGUCUUGACCUGUUGGGCACUUUUAAGCAUUUUGAGCUUAGCGAAUAUGAUCAUGCUUCUCGUAUUGGUUUGAUUGCCAAGGUCCAAGGACUUGAUGCAGCUGAAAAGUACCUGAAUGAAGUUCCAGACUCUUGGCGAGGUAUGUUAUUAUACAGAACCCUUUUAGCUCACUGUGUCCGUGCUAUCAAUAGACAAAAAACAGAGGCAGUUUUUCUGAAAAUGAGGGAGCCAUUUUUGCCCAUCACUACAUAUGAUUGCAAUCAAAUGAUCGUUCUGUAUAAAAUUAUUGAUAGAAGUAAAAUAGCUGACAUCUUACCAUUAAUGAAGGAGGAAAAUUUGAAGCCAUCUCGUCUCACAUACAGGAUCCUCAUAGCUCUAAAAUGUGAGUUGAAGGACACAAUGGGGAUGGAGCAGGAGAUUGAGGCUAUGAAGUCUCAAGGUCUGCAACUUGAUAUUCACGUCCUGACAAUCGUUUCUGUUCACCUUAUAUCUAAAGGGCUGAAAGAUAAAGCACUAGUUAUUGUGGAUGAAAUUGAAAGAGGAAACACAAGAACCUUAAUUGGUGGAAGGACGGCACUACUAUCCCUCUAUGCUUCUCUUGGAAGGGCUAAUGAUGUGAGUAGAAUUUGGACUGUCUGUAAAUUGGACCCUACCAUGAAUGAGUGCCUUGCUGCCAUAGCAUUGGGCAAAGUUGAAGAGGCCGAAGCAGUUUUUGAAAUGAUGCUGGAAAAGUGGAAGAAAGUCUCAUCCAAGACUUAUGCUGAUCUUUUAGAUGUUUAUGUUCAGAAUAACAAGAUAUCUGAGGAUGUGGGGAAAGCAGAUUCAAUUUUAACCAAGGUAGUUGAAGAUAAAACUUCAGGGAGGAGGAGAGUGAGACCAAUGUUCACCACAUUUUUAUAUGCCAGGGAACUGUAUGCAAAGCUUGGAGAUAGACAUAAUACUGAGAAGUGGCUUUUUAGAAUGAGGCAAAGUGGUUACAAAGGCCGUCUCAGGCCUUAUGAAAUUCUGACUCAAGCAUACAUCAAUGCCAAAACGCCCGCUUGUGGGCUUAGAAAAAGAAUGAAGGCUGAAAAUGUACACCCAAAUAAGUCGUGUUCCUUGAAGUUGGCAGAAACUGAAUCAUUGAAGAGGGAGGUGUUGCUGUUCAAGAGCCCAAGAAAGUGCCAAAAGUCCUAG